GACCAGGUACCAGAGGUGCAGUAGAAAGUCCGGACAGAAAAACAGCUGAUUUCAGAAAACAGCUCGCGCACAGGUACCGUUCGAGCGGUACCUCAAAGAUCUGGUGGAGUCCAAAACACACAGAUCACCUGCGCACGAGGCUUCCACGUCGGUACUAUUAACACCUGCAGAGAUCAAAGACAAGGCGGCAAGGUGGGCGGGGCCUACAGGUGAACAGAACACGGAAAUAAAACAUCGUAGCAGCUGGUAAAGGAUUCUGGGAGGUUGACCAGUUUAACCAGCAUGGUCCCAGCUGCCUGCUGGUUGGAGACCAGAACCAGAACAAAAUCAUCUGGUGUCAUUCCUCCUUCCUAUAGUUAGUUUUAAAAGGGUGUUUUGGAUCAGAACCUUCACCCGUCCAUAUAUCACCAUGGCAACCGCAUAGGGUUUUUCUACAUUUGAUGACCGGAACCAACCUAAAACAAGGCAUGUGGACAGACUGGGCCAGGACUAAAACUAGACGUAGAGUUGGUUUAAUCAUUGGACCUGCACUGAAUAAACCACACAUGCAAGAAAACCAGAAUCAUUGAUGCUGUGGUUCCGUUCUGUAGCCUCCAGUGUAAGAAAAACCAGUCAGUAACAAAACAAGGGAUUUAACGAACCUUACACCUCAGUUGUUUGGGUUCCCACCCGCCCUGACCAUGAAGGCUCUGGUUCUGUAUGACUUCUCAGCUGAACCUGGAAACAACGAGCUGUCAGUCAGAGAGGGAGAGACGGUGACGAUCGUCGACCAGGCUGUGGGAGGAGGCUGGAUCGCAGCUCAGAACUCCAGCGGACAGACUGGGCUGGUACCUGAAGGGUAUUUACAGAUUGGUGGUGGAGGAGACGGAGAAUCCAGGUCAGGGGGCGGGGCUUGCGUCAGGAAAGGCGAGGGAUGGGACACUCAAGCUUAUGAACAGUCCCCUCCAGCAGCUGUGGAGGAUGAUGACGGUGAGUGGGACGACGACUGGGAUGACCAAUCGGUCAGCAGUUACCAUGGAAACGGCCCCACGGAGGAGGCCGGGACCUCAGGAUGGAGUACCCAUGGACACUCCGUCAAGAUCUCCCUCAACAAGUUCCCAUUCUCCAAAGGACCGAGCCCAGAAGUCUUCCUAUUGACCAGUCCGCCUGGGAACGACAGAGACAGCCUUCCUGUCUAUAUGGGGGAGGUGGGACCAGUCUGGCUUUACCCCAUGUCUGCUCUGGACUGCAUCAUCGCUGAUCCAAAGAAAGAGUCCAAACUAUAUGGACUGAAGAGCUUCAUUGAGUACCAGAUCACUCCCAAUACCACCAACAGACCAGUCAAUCAUCGCUACAAGCACUUUGAUUGGCUGUAUGAGCGUCUGCUAGAGAAGUUUGGCUCCUUGCUGCCAAUCCCCUCCCUGCCUGACAAACAAGUGACAGGUAGGUUUGAUGAGGACUUCAUCAGGAUAAGGAUGGAGCGCUUGCAGGCCUGGAUGACUCGGAUGUGUCGCCACCCCGUGGUCUCUCAGAGUGAAGUCUUCCAGCUCUUCCUCACCUACAAGGAUGAGAGGGACUGGAAAUCUGGGAAAAGAAAGGCGGAGAAAGAUGAGACAGUGGGUCCGAUGAUGUUCAGCCUGGUUGAACCUGAUGCUGCAGAGCUGGAUGUGGCCCAAGUGGAACAGAAGUGUGAGCACUACAGUCGGUUUACCAAGUCUAUGGACGAUGGAGUCAGAGAACUGCUGAACGUCGGACACACACAUUGGAAACGCUGCACUGGACCUCUGCCUAAAGAGUACGAGCGGAUUGGUCAAGCCUUCAAGAACCUCUCGACUGUGUUCAACAGCAGCAAGUAUCCAGGAGAGGAGACGCUGACGAACGCAUUGACAGCAGCUGGAAAAACAUAUGAGGAGAUCGCUCAGAUCGUUGCGCAACAGCCACAGAAAGAUCUCCACUUCUUGCUGGAGACCAACAGCGAAUAUAAAGGCUUGCUGGGAUGCUUCCCUGAAAUAAUCUGUGUACACAAGGCUGCAGUGGAGAAGGUGAAGGAAGCCGAUCGUCUGGUUUCUGCAGGAAGGAUCAGCAGCAGCGACAAGAAGCUCAUGAACCAGCGCCUCAGCUGCAUGAACUACUCCCUGCAAGCUGAGAUGAACCAUUUCCACAGCAACCGGAUCUAUGACUACAACCGAGUAUUGCAGUUCUACCUGGAGCAACAGGUGGCCUUCUACCAACAGAUUACAGACAAGCUGAGAGAAGCUCUCAGUCAUUUCACCACCCUGUGAGGAUGGAGCCUGGUGAAGUCAUCUUCCGUUACUAUCUUAACAAAUUAAAAGCCUUUGAACUGUUUUAACAAAAUAGAAGCCUUGAUGUUUUCUUAACAAAAUAAAAGCCUUUUACCUGUUACUGAGGUGGUCACAUGAGACUACCAGUUUCUGUUUUGAUUUAUUUCAAAAUAUUUUUCACUCUUAUUCCUGAUGAUUUGUCUAAAACAAUAAAUAACGUUUCUACCUCGUCA